GGCUCCACAUGGAGCCACGCCCCCUCUCCAGCGCGCCGGGUUCGCGCGGGCCGUGUCUGUUUUUGAGGCUGGGGUCGGCGCCAGUUCGGACGGUCACACAAAUAUUGGAUCUGGAAGAUGGCUGGAGUGCUUACUAAGGUUUCGCGCUGCGCCGUUGGCGUUCUUGGCCAGCAAGCGAAGUUUGCGGCCCCCGUCAGCGUUGCUUCUCGGCGCAAUUAUGCCUCCAAGAAGCGGAUCGAUGUCGUCAACCCGGUGGUGGAGCUGGACGGUGACGAGAUGACCCGCAUCAUCUGGGAGAAGAUCAAGGAGACGCUCAUCUUCCCCUACCUCAACGUCGAGUGUCUGUACUACGACCUGGGCCUGCCGUACCGGGACCAGACCGACGACCAGGUCACCAUCGACGCCGCCCUGGCCAUCAAGAAGCACAACGUGGGCAUCAAGUGCGCCACCAUCACCCCUGACGAGGAGCGCGUCGAGGAGUUCAAGCUGAAGAAGAUGUGGCUGUCUCCGAACGGCACGAUCCGUAACAUCCUCGGCGGCACCGUGUUCCGCGAGCCCAUCCUAUGCAAGACGAUCCCGCGCAUCGUGCCCGGCUGGACAGACGCCAUCGUCAUCGGCCGCCACGCGCACGGCGACCAGUACAAGGCCACUGACAUGGUGCUGCCCGGGCCCGGAAAGGUGGAGCUGGUGUGGACGCCGAACGGCGGCAGUCCGAAGGCCACCGAGGUGUUCACCUUCAAGGACGGCGGCGGCGUGGCCAUGGCCAUGUACAACACGGACGAGUCCAUCCGCAGCUUCGCCCACUCCAGCUUCCAGGUUGCGCUGCAGAAGAAGUGGCCGCUGUACAUGUCGACCAAGAAUACCAUCAUGAAGCGCUACGACGGCAGGUUCAAGGACAUCUUCGAGGAGGUCUUCCAGAAGGACUACAAGGGCGACUUUGACAAGCUGGGCAUCUGGUACGAGCACCGGCUCAUUGACGACAUGGUGGCGCAGAUGCUCAAAUCGGCCGGCGGCUUCGUCUGGGCUUGCAAAAACUACGACGGUGACGUCCAGUCCGACAUCGUCGCGCAGGGAUACGGCUCCCUCGGCCUGAUGACAUCCGUGCUGAUGUGUCCGGACGGUAAGACGAUCGAGUCUGAGGCAGCACACGGCACCGUGACGCGGCACUACCGCGAGCACCAGAAGGGCAAGCCCACCUCCACCAACCCGAUCGCGUCUAUCUUCGCGUGGACGCGCGGUCUGGAGCACCGCGCCAAGCUCGACAACACGCCCGAACUGGCCAAGUUCUGCACGACCCUGGAGCAGGCCUGUGUCGACACCGUCGACUCCGGCAAGAUGACCAAGGACCUGGCCGGCUGCAUCCACGGCAUCAAGAACGUCAAGCCCGACAUGUACCUGAACACAAUGGACUUCCUGCAGGCAAUUCAGGAGAACCUCGACAACAAGCUGGGCAAGUGAGAAGGCGCCGUCCGCUAGUUCCAUAAGUGCUCACUGGGCGGCGCUGUUGUCGCCAUCAUCACAAAUGUCCAAACUGCUGCCGCCGCGGUGCGUCGGGUCGCGGCCGUCUGAGACGGCCGGCGGGCGCUGCGGCGGACCGGGGCCGCGCUCUGACCGCGCGCCGGCCCGGCCCGGCCUCCUCGUGUACUGUGAUCGUGUGUAUGCCGCUAACAGGGCGGUCAAAUAUAGACAAAACACCGUG